AUGUCAUUUGGAGAUGUUAAUUCGAUUCAUUUGCUUAAAAAACUUUUCGAUAAAUGUCAACGUGAUGAUGGAAACUCAUCUGAUUCUGAAGUUGAAGGCGAUUUUCCAUCAACUUCAGCAACUUUUGGACCGGGAAACAUCAAACCAAAGAAAAGCGAAAUAAAGAAAACAUUGGGAAAUUCUUUGAUGAAAAAAAUUGAUCCGGAAUCAACAGCAGGGUCGUUGGAAGAAUGGGAGAAGCAACAAGACGAGGAUAAAGAAAUUCUUGAUUCUCGUAAGCAACCUAAAUAUGAGAUUGUCUUCAAGCAAGCUGUCACAACAGAAGAUUUGUUCCUCCAAAUGGGACUUAAAACGCCAGCAACUGCAAGCUGCGAAGACAUGAUCGUAGAAGUCAAACUCGAUGAAGAAUCUGUUGGUAUCGAUGGAAUGGACUUAAAUGUUGAAACUCAAUCAAUUCUUCUUCAAACGCCAGUUUAUCGUUUGUCAUUAGCAUUGCCACACAAAGUUGAACCAAAAAAGAGUCGAGCUGAGUUUGAUAAAGACAAGAAAAUUCUCAAACUUACACUUCGUUUGAAUCGCGAAUAUGAUUUUGUCAAUUUCUAA